AUGAAGGCUGACUUAAACAGUUACAAUGUUUCAUCCAGGGGCAGUGCGUCUCAAGGAACGGAGCAAGCAGGAGGAGGGAAAGGAGGAGGAGGAGGCAAAGAGGAAACCCAGAAGGAGUUGCGCAGAAGGCAGGUGGUUGCCUUCGGCUUCGACGGGAACACGCCGGCUCCGACCGUGGUAAACGAGCUGAAGGAGAAGCUCAGCAAUAUCAUCGGCAACGAUCCUACGACAAUUGUGAAGACUACCACCGACCCUGCCAAAUUUGGUAUUAUUGAGUUCUCCACUCUGCAGGCGAAGGUCAACUUCUGGAAAAAGGUACGCGACAAACUAAACUCAGACGAAGAAGCAUUCGGCGACAUACUCUUCCAGAACAAUUCGACUAAGGUUGCCACGAGUAUGACAACGGAGCGGGCGCGAGCAAUUUCACGGUGGGAUCCUGAACGGGAUGCGCAGACACAGACGCAACGACGGGUUGGACGACCGAAAACACGAUGGUGGGAUGAUGUGCUGUGA